AUGAAACUUCUGGUUAUCUUGGCCUGUGUGCUUUGUAUUUCUGUCGGUAAGCAUUUUUUUACGCUGUUGCUUAUUAAGGCUUUUUUCAUUGGUAGAAAGCAGCUGUUUAUUGGUAAACCAAUGGAAGGUCAUUUAUCUAGUGAUCAACUGCAUGAAUCGCACUAGUUUCUUUCGAGUUCGGGCCUAUUCAUUUUUUGAUGGCAAGAUUUAGUUCGAAUCCAUUGCUUCUUUAAUCACAACAGAAUAAACAUCUACUUCUUAAUAAACACACUCUUCGAUCACUGAUUGCGAAUGUUGCUGCAGGAACCUGGACCCGGGGGGUACUCCCUUAUAUAAGCUACAUACGUAUGUGCCGCCCAAAAACGUAUGUUUUUGCGCUGUUCGGUCUGAAAACAGAUAUAAACUUAAAACCCUUUUUGGCCUGAAAUCAGGUAUGGUUUUCAAGGGAACUACUAACAGGAAUGUAUGACCGCAUUAUGCGAGUAAUAUGCGAAUUCGAAAUAGAUUUUAAGAAAUCUUUCUGUUAGCGUUCUCAGAUCUAGAAAUAUAACUGAAGUAACGAAGACAUUGUUUCUGCCUAUGCUAGGUCCGUAAACGGGUAUCAAUUUAAGAGGCCAGGUCUGAAAACGGGUGUGAGAAGUGGCUUUUUUUGGUCCGAAAUAGGGUCAGGAAUUGGGGAACCGGGUGGCAUACACCCAUCAAAAAUUCCCGAGCCGCCCCCCUCCCCCACUCCGGGGGGAAGGACCCACCUUGCUAGUUUCCGACCUAAAAUGCUAAUAAAGCUGAAAGUCUAUCUUGACUAGUGAUCCAGCCUUGUUAGUGAUUUUUUUCCACCAUUUAAUUUGGUCUUUGGUUAAAAAGAAAGGGCGUAAACAACAGUAUUUGAGCUAGAUUUUCUUAAAUUCCAAAACGUUACCCCCACCUCCCACAGCAUUGCGUCAAAUUAUUUUGGUAACAGCUUACUGCUUCUAACUGGUUUAAGGGCCAAUAUAAACGGUGUACAAUUUCUACUGAUUUUGGAAAGCAUGUGCGAAGAAUCUGUAAGAAAAUCUUUCUAAAUAUGCAUAUUUACCUUGACAGCUGCUGGACUCAAGUGCUACACGUGUACCAGUUCUGUAAGUGAGGAAGAUUGUACCAAGAAUCAACAGGAGAUUGAUUGCGGAGCAGUCAGCGAUCGCUGCGCCACGACGGGCCUCAAAUUUACAGUUGGUUCACAAUCAACAACAUCAUUCACAAAAAUUUGCAGUACCAAACAAGUGUGCGACACCGCUGAAACCGCCGUCUUAAACGCUUGCAAGUCGGCUCAAGGUACUACGUGUGAAUUUAAGUGCUGCGAUACAGACCUCUGCAACGGUGCCAACAGCCCUACCACCAACCCUACAAACAGUGGUUCCACGCCUAUAGUCAGCAUUAUCCUAAUGGUGUCAUGUGCCGUUGCGGGCUUUCUCCGCUAAAGGAACAAGAGUGUGCGGUGCAGUCAAGAGAAGGAUUCUCCAAACAAAUAUGUUUGUUAAAUACACAUUAAAAUAGCUUAGUAGUAAAAUUAAAAGUUCAAUGAUACUGUUGUUUUGUUCCAUUAGCUAGUUUCGUUAUUGACCUAUAUAGAAUGUAAUGCGCUUUUUAGAUAGCUGAGUUACUGAAGUUAAAUUUUAAUAAGAACGAGGAUUAAAUGGAAUUAUGAUCGCUUAACUUGCAAUCUCUACUUUUUUUUUAUAGUAUCCUGUGCAACACAACACAAUUCCCAG